AUGUCUCCGUCGCUCAAGAGGACGCUCAGCAGCACCAAUAGGUCGAUCAGUCCCCCGGCCUUGAAAAGAAAGAUUUCACGUUCUUUGAACCACGUGGCGAACACGCGAGAUGUCACUCCUCCUGUUCAUGCAGAUGCAGAUCAAUUCCGAAUUUUCAGCUGGAAUGUGAACGGCAUCGGGCCCUUACUGCAGAAGCAAUUGUCCUUUGGCUCAGGCCCGGCCCUGUCUCCUUUAAGAACAUUCCUCAAGCGUCACGCAUGGCCCCAAUUCCUUUGUCUACAAGAAGUUAAAAUCAGCUCCAAAGACACCGCGACUCAACGUCGCCUCCAGGCAGCAGCUAACGAAGGGGUGGCCUCUGACGAGCCCUGUUACACCCUCCAUGUUUCUCUGCCGAGAGACAAGUACAACGCAACGGGAUUUGGCGGGAAAGUGCAUGGGGUGGCGACUUUGAUACGAGACGAUUUCGAAGCCAAUCGUCUCCGUGACACGCGGCGUCCAGAGUGGGACUUGGAAGGAAGGGUCUUGAUACAUGAAUUGAAUGAAGGUUUGGUCAUUAUCAACGGCUACUGGGUCAACGGGACUACCAACCCCUAUCGUGAUCCGUCGACAGGCAGAAUCGUCGGCACGAGACAUGAUCACAAACUACGCUUUCACCAACUUAUUCUGGCCGAGGCACGUAAGGUCGAGGAAGAGGGCAAAUAUGUCGUAUUGAUAGGUGAUAUGAAUAUUGCGCGAGAGCGAAUCGACGGCUAUCCCAACUUGCGAACAACCCCCAUGCAGCAUGUCAAGAAUCGUGCAGAUUUCAACACUAAAUUCUUCACUGAGAAAGGCGGUUUGCGUGGUAUCGACAUAUUCAGACAUAUACAUGGUGACACCAGGAAAUACACCUACCGUCCACGAAGCAAACAAUGGGGCGACAGCGGUGACAGAGUUGACCUAUGCAUUGUCAGCCGCCGACUUGUUACAGAAAUGGCUGCUGUCACUGGCACUGAUAUCUGCGACAACGCAGUAGACCGUGGGCAUUCAGAUCAUGUGCCACUCUGGGUGAGCCUCGGUAUGUCCAAGUUGAAGGCCAGCACAUCACUAUCAAACCCAGCGUGA